AACCAACAAACAUGCCAAACGGCAUACAAGGAGAUCUUUCAGUUGAGUGAAUAUCCACUAUAAGCACACGUUGCAGAUAGUCGUUUUGUAUAUUAUUAUUCGCGCAAUAAGUAUUGGUCGGCUUCAUGCACUUGGUAUAUCAUGUUAGAAAGUCGUAAAGAUAUAAAUGGUGUCAUACAUGAAGAACCAUCAUGUCACCGUUAAGCCUGCACGCAUGCUAUGUUUACACUACAAUAUUCACCAUCAUCAGGUUUGCUACAAACUCAUGUCUUGGAGUUGAGGCGCUUAUGUGUGAUUCCCAUCAAGGCCGAACGUCGACGACUACGACGACGACGGCGUAUUAUAAUGAGGAGGAACAACCACUGACGAUAUGUCAUGAAAGAACAAUCGAAGAAAUAUUGAAUAAAAAUAAGCUCCAUGUUUUCGAAGUGGAUGAGACAAUACACAAACGUAACGAUCUAGCUCUUGCGGAGGGUACUGGCGUAAUGACGGCUACCAUUAGAACAAGUUACCAUUCAUCUCCUUUGGAAAUCGCAUUCGUUGUAGCAACACAUGCCGUAAAUCUAGACGUAUUCGUGGAAGGGGACGGUACCCUUAGCAAAGUAUUCCUGAUCACACCUUGGAAGAUAAGAAGCAGCGUGUCUGUUACAAGUAUAACAACAACUCCUCAAAUUGUACAACUUGACUGCAGUGACGUAUUGACCAAGUCAACAAAAUUAGUAUUCACUACCACAAGUAAUUGCGAAGUGGAACAAUAUCAUCACUACUUUAGCUCUUCCUCUAUAACGACUGUUACACAAACAGAACGAGCAGACGAAUGGAUAAUUGAUUUGAGAUGACAUUACUAGCCAUUUUUUUUUUAUUAAAUAAGUUUCAAGUUUAUUCAAUUGAUUUCAAAUUCAAACAUAAAGAAUUACAAUUAAAUAAAAUAAACAAUUUUACAAAUUAUCAAACAAAGUUACAUAGAUAAAUUAACAUUUCUAAAAAUAAACAGAGUCACAAAUUAAACAAAACGUAAAAAAGGAAAAACGUAACAAAACUAAAACAUAAAAACAUAAGCUAUAUGCUGUCAGAAACUGUUUGGCUCGACUAUCUGUCAAUUUACAGGGCAUAAUUAUUCAUAACAAAACAAUAAUCAUCAGGUACUAUUAUGUCGUUCUAAUUUUUCAACUGCAUAUUAUAUAAUUUGUGAAAUAUUAUAACUGCGUUAAUUAGAGGCCAUGCUAUUGAUAUACUUUGAUCGCAAAUCAUACAUUUCAUUCAUUCCAGUGAUGCAUAUUUCAAUUUUAUCCGAUUCUUAAAAUUUUCAACAUCAUUGUAUUUAAUGAAAUCUGGUAUUACGUCUUUUAUCUUGUCAAUCAAAUUGGUACGGGUAUUAUCGAGAUUUCUGCAUUUGGUAAUAAAGUGAUAUUCAUCUUCAACAUCAAGAUGACAAAGAGGACAGAGCCUAUUUCUACUGGAAUCUAUCUGUAUCUCUCUUGUUCGAUCAUUAAUUUAUUAUCGCUUAUUCUGAGUUUGAUGAACGUUGUAAUAUCCCUUUUUUCAUAAUUAUAUUUUAAUUUACUGCACUGUAAAAAAUAUUGGGUAAAACUUUAACCAGCACGAGGGUAAUCAUGAUUGUGUCCAACCAAUUUUGGACAGUAUUUUACCAAUGCUGGAAGCAUAUUGUCCAGUAAGGUUAAAAAUAAUGCAGCAAUUACUUUAGAAUGGGCAAAAUUUUCAUCACACUGGAUAAAUAAAUAUGCCCAAUGUUGGUUAGACACAUAAUUACCCCAAUGGAGCAUUUUUACCUAAUAAUUUUUAGAGUGUGUACACUGAGUUUUUUUUAUUUCAUUCAUUACUAUUUUAUUCAAGACUUCCUUUCCAAUAUUUUAUAUAUCUCUCUUUGAAUUUAUCAACUAAUGCUUUUUCAUUAUCGGAUCGGUAGAUCGGGAUAGCUCAAAAUAUUUUAUGAAAAUACCCCCGCUGUAUUUGCGGAAGGUCGAUCGGAAGUACGAUUUAAGAUUUUUUUGCACAUAUUACAGAGAAUGAUAACGGUAAAUUAUCAAUAUCUUAAACUUAAGGAAAAUUAAACAGUCCAGAUUUUCUUCAAUUAAAAACUCGUUUACUCACUAGUUAAAGGUGAGAUAUGAAUGAUAAAAAAAUGGGAUCAUUAUUAUCGGGAUUAAGGGAGCAUAUGAAAUGAUUAUAGGCCAUUACAGGCCACAAUAUAAACUAAAAAAAACAACAACAAUGAAAAUAUUACAGUGAUGCAAAUUAAAAUGAAAAUAUUACAGAAAGAAAAGAUUAUGAAUAAUAUUUAAGAUUAUAUUGGGAGACGAUGUAACAUUCAAAAUUUCGAACAAAAUUAAUAUGAAAUGUUUAUUAGAUUGUUAUGGAAUAAAUGUGAUUUAAAGUGUUCUAUAAGUAUGGU